AUGAACUGUCUACAAUGUAGAAGCGGCCUCAGAGCUGCGACUAAAUCAGUUCGCUAUGCUUCAACCUCAACUUCAACGCCUGCCAUAUCUCCAGCCUCAAAAUCCCGAAACAGACGCUGGUUAGGUAUCCUCUUCGUCGGCGCAACAGCUACAGCCACGGGCGCCUACAUCCGCCAAAGCAACGACUCCGCAACCCUAAACCAAGAAACUUUCACAAAAUACCGCCUGGUAUCCCGCGAGCCCGUCUCGGCAACAAGCAGUCUAUUCACGCUCCGUCCGCGCAAAUUCAGCGAAACCAACUACGAUGUCUACGAAGAAGCCUGGGCAACCGGAGUCUGGAGCGUGAUGUUCAAGCAGCCACAAUUACAAAUCGGACGCGACUACACACCCCUACCAACGACAGCAGCGACAGGAUUGACAAUCGAAGACGAGAACGAAGGGUGUCUGCGGUUCUUUAUCCGGAAAGAUCCGUUCGGCGAGGUCUCGCGAUAUCUGCACACGAUUGACGUCGGUGCUGAUGUUGAGAUGCGCGGACCGAAGAUUGAAUGUGUGAUUCCGAAGGAGACGGAGAAUAUCUUGUUUAUUGCUGGUGGGACGGGCAUUGCGCCUGCGUUGCAGGCUGGGUAUUCGCUUUUAAGCCGGGGUGGGAAGAGCAAGAUCCAUAUUCUGUGGGCGAAUCGAUUGAAGGAUGAUUGUGCCGGUGGGCAGAGUGAUUCAUUGAAGCCCGUGCCGAGCCGGGGCUGGUUUUCUUGGUUUGGCAAGAGGGAGUCGGUUCCGGAUAUUGUGGCUGUGAGAGAUGAGGAUCAAUCUCUCAUUGUUCGUGAGUUGGAGGCGCUGAAGUCUCAAUAUCCUGGGCAGGUCACUGUGGAUUAUUAUCUGGAUGAGGAAAAUACGUUUAUCGGGAAAGAGGCUAUUCGUGCUUCUAUCGAUUCGGUGCCUGCAAGUGACUCUGACAAGAACAACUUGAUCUUAGUUUCUGGUCCUGAAGGGUUCAUCAGCUACAUGGCUGGGCCUAAGCUGUGGGCACAAGGAUUAGAGCUGCAGGGUCCAUUGAAUGGAGUCAUCAAAGAGCUUGAUCUCAAAGAAUGGGGUGUAUGGAAGCUCUGA